GAUUUCCCCUGCCUGCCCCCCUCCUGGCUGGCCAAUUCACUCCCGUCCCCCAGCUUCUUGCACGGUUGUACCUUUCGGGCAUUCUGCUAGUUUCUCCGGUCGAUUUGCUUUGGUAGUGACCCGCCCCGGACUAAAUGCGGCUGACUAACACCCUUUCCACCCGGGCACUAACUACCUGCUAAGUGAACUAGUUCCUCCCUGCAACUGGCGUGUCUUGCCUCAAGCGUGAACGAACAGAUCCCUUUCGUUCCUCCCUGGAUGGCUUGAUCACGGUCGUCUCUCGGCGGGAUUGAACGAUGGGGUGCUACGGCCUAGUCUGGUAAACCGGUCUGACUGUUGGUUUCCUGCCUUGGUCUUCUGGCUCAAUCUCUCUCACUCGCUUGCUCUGCUGCUCGGGUGGUCGGCCCCUCUUCCAUCGCUAUUCUCACCUUCCCUUCUACACCGCAGGCUCGCCCUGGACCGCCAUCAUGUUGGGUCGCCUGUUGAGCACGGCGGCAGCGACCUUGAAUCCCGCGGUCUACAAUGCCAAAAACGCCCACCAGCUGGAGUCCGUCACGGAGGAAGAGCAUACGUCUGGCCUACUAUUUCCCGAUGCUAGUCUUCUCCGGCGCUCUAAUACGCACGCUUACCCGCUGCACACAGCCUACAAUUCCCCGAACGCCUCUACGGCCGGUGCCUAUGAUGAUCGCGGCGGCGUUGAAUUGGACCCAAUGAAGGAUUUCCGCGUGAUCAUUGCUCAAAAUGCGUUGGGAGAUCGAGACGCUUGUGUCUUGUUGGAUACCCGCGCCAGUUCGCAGGAUCAGACAGCCCAUGGACUGGGGUUGGAGCCUCAGCUGUUCGACAACCACGGGGCAAGGCAUGCUCGAACGGUUUCAAACCUCACCCGUGGAACACGACGGGGCUAUCUGUCUCAGUCGUCAGCUGCGGAGCCAAGCCCGCUCUCCGCCGUCGCCUCAGAGACACGACGGUCGCCACCCAUGUCGUCUGGCGCUUUCAUGAGGGCCCGUGGUCGUAGUUCCACAUUAUCGCCUGCGGGGAGCAUCCACGAACCUGGCCCGUGUUACUCCACGGAUUCGAAUGAUCCUGGUCUGUUGAACUGCAUCUUCGGCAGCAGUGCGUUUAGUUAUAGGGGAUCGUCAACCAAGAUGCAUAUCAUCUCCGCCGACGAUGGGCCGGGUAAAACUGCGCCAACAUCCCCGGCAACGCGCAAUUCGCUCUCGCGGGCGUAUACGACCGGCAGUUCUUCGGCUUUCGCCAGCAUAAACCGUGGAAAUGACUCCAAACCGCCCGCAAAGGUCACUAUUCUUCUGACUAGAAUGUUCAGUGUCCAUCUACCGGAGGGGGCCGAGGCGUCUCCGGAGCGAAUGGAUCAGACCUCCUCCCUGACCCAGGAGUCCCUUCCGAAUGCGGGGUUUCCUUUCCCCGAUGUUACGAAACGCCGGAAGAUCAAGGAGAAGAAGACCCCCAUGUAUGCUGUAGCGAUCACCAUUCAGAUCCCGCUUCUCUCCCGGAAUUCUGGACGGCCGGUUUCUCGGUUUAACGGGCAGGGUCCGGACUCUCCCAAACCCGGCAUGUCCUGCUCCCUGGAUUCCGACUACCGUUUUCGCGGAGGAUUUCUCGAUGACAGUCUGUCACUUGCAUCACCACCAGCUAGUUUGGAUGAGCGGAUUGAUCUCCUAGUUGAUCAUUGGGAUGUCAUCAACCGCACACUAUCACACUUGGAGAGGCUGUCGCGGAAUGAGAUCCUGUUUCUGCUCAAAAAGGUAGAUUCCUCUUCAGGAACGCAUCCCAAGCCAGCGAAGCCUCCAAACAUGCAACGAACGAACCAGACAUUUAUUCACUUGCCUGCGAAUAUCCUGGCCGUGAACUCUCGGCUGCGGGACGAAGCCCUUCGCAGCAGCCGUCGCAUCAGCACCGCACUGCAAAUGCCAUUUGUCGUAACGGGCCAAAGUCGCUGGGGGGUGUGGCGCGAGGAGGGCCGCUCGAUUAUCCGCAGCAUCGGAGACAAAGACCACAGCUUUUUCUUCCUGGUUUUGAUCACCGCGUUCCUGGGGAAUCAUACUGAGUGGCUCAAUGCCUUGGGUCCCGAGUGGUACCGAAAACGGCAUUAUCAACAACAGAAGGCUCAGCAGGAUUCCGACCCGGUUCUUGCCCAGCGCACUGUCAUCAUCUCCCCCGACAAGAUGACGGCACGGAGGCUGAUCUUCCUGCUGUCGGCGUUUCUCCCCCCCAAACAGCGCUUUGAGCCCCUUCCUUCUCCGAUCCGACCGGGUACCGCCGCUUCCACCAGGGCCAUCUCUCAAAGCCCGCCCAAUGUCCCGGUUCUGCGGCAAGAGUCCCUACGGAGGGCAAUCGAACGUCGGUCCCGCGCGCAGCGCCUAACUCUCAGUGAUAAAGAACAGCACCAGCGGUCCGUGAGCGUCUCGUCGUGCGAGACCGCGCAUCGCUCGACAGAUGAGGCAGAGCCGUUGUCGACACCGGAAUACGGUACCACGCGUCGAGGGUCCGAUGCCCGCUCCAUCAGAGCCCUGGGGGUGCCGAUACACGCCAAGGAUAUGCGCACGAGAAAUACGAGCGCGGCGACAACGUCGACCACCACUCCAGGCAGUACUGUUCCGGUUCCGCACUUUGCUUCUCAGGGCCGCUCCGAGCGGGCAGGAUCGGAUCCGGCAGUGGCCGAAGGGCAUGACAGCCUCGCGUCGGAGAAUCUGCUGCGAAAUCUUCAGAGAAGCGAGAGCUCUGUUCUCAAUAGCAAUGGUAGCGUACCGUCUGCUAAUGGUCGCUGGGGGGGGCUUUUUUCCGGACUGUGGAGCUCACGCCAGGAAUCCUCCGCGGGCGGCGGCGAGGCUGUGGCACCGGCAGAGAUCCGCAGACGGUCUGUUUCGGCGUUUGCCAACCCUCCGAGGCGUCAUCCCCCUACCCUAAGUCAGAUGGUUCGGGAUGUCUCGCUCGGGCCCACCGAAGCGUCUCCCAAGACGGCGACGAGCAGCAAUAUUUCGAUUCCCCAGUCUUCGAACUCUCACCAUGGACUUGAAGAAGAUGCCCAGGAUCUAUCAGCUGCCACUGAUCAAGCGAAAGAGUCGUCGUUGAAACUGUCGGUGCGAGGCGACGAUGGCAUUGUCGAUGUUGAUCUCCCUUUGCCGGGGUUUGUGUCCCUUUCUUCCUCCGGCGACUCGACAAUGGCCUCUCCCAAGAAGACGCGGACAUCGGUCACCAGUGUUGAUGCUGUGGCAUCCACUCACAGCAGCACUUCCGGCUUUCCGUCUGCUCCAAGGGACGCUGACGGCCCUAAUAUUAACGUUGCUGGGUGGCUGAAGAGCUUUCAUGAUGACUUUGUGCUUCAAGCAGUACGGCCCUAUACCGGGCUUGAGGCCGACAUCAAACGUGCCAUGCAAGCCGAACCAACUUCCAGUCAAGCUGUAUGUCUGGACGCAGAUGGGUCUGGACGAUGGGUUGAUGUCGCGACCACGCUCGUUGCGGACGUCCGAACCUUUUCAGUGAAGCGAUUGCGGCUGCGACGCAAGAUCGGGAAUGCCUCAUGGCGUAAUACCUCGCCUGAGCUUUCUCCUGAACCCGGCACUCCUCACCACAUCUCUGGAGGCUCGGCUUCCGCGUCGCAGCUCACCAGCUUCUUUUCCCAAGCUACGGCUUCUGGCCAAUCACAUGCGAGUUCUUCCGUAGAUGGGUUUAGCCCGAACGAUGUGGAGGAACGCUUCGUGGAGGAAUAUAUCAUGGAUCUUGAUGGGACGCUCGUGGAUGCGCUGGAGCGCGUUCUUGCCCAGAGCGGACCGUCGUCCAUGCAACACUCCCGGGCGCCGUCGCCGUCGCGCACUCGCCGAAACGAGGACAAGCACCCGCCAGACGUUCUGAGCCGGGACGAGCCGCGGGCCGUGGAGGUUCCUCGGACUGAGUGUCGCAAGCUCGUUCUCAGCGCUCUCGAGGAGGUGGUCCGCAGCGUGACGGCGGAGCAUUGCCGCGAAGACGUCGAGGGAGAGCUUGGCCCAUCCGACAAGGAACGCCGGCGGCUGCAGACGGGAGGGGACAACACACUGCGAGAGGGCAUUCGCAAGUGGCUUCUUGAUGUGGAAGAGGCGUGGUAGGGGGAAUUCGUUGGUCAUUGCAUAGCGAUGCGGUUGGUGCUUGGGUCCCACUUUGUUCUUUUCUGCCGGUGACUUUUGCCACGGGUUUGUCCGGGGGUGGGGGAAGUCGUCCGCUUUCCUUUUGCUACUUUGAUAUCAUCAUGAUACCCUUUGUGCUGAGCAUACUUAAUCUGUCCUAUUCUAUUCUAUUCAAUCGGUGCUCUGCUGUCCAU